CGGGGCGAAGGCAGACAUGGAGGAGCUGAGCGCCGUGGGAGAGCAGGUCUUUGAUGCGGAAUGCAUUUUAAACAAGCGGCUGAAAAAGGGAAAGUUGGAGUUUCUCGUGAAGUGGAGGGGAUGGUCAUCCAAACACAACAGCUGGGAACCCCAGGACAACAUCCUUGACCCAAGACUGUUGGCUGCGUUCAACAAGAAAGAGCAAGAAAAGGAACUUCUUAUACUUAAGAAAGGAAAGAGGCCCAGGGGACGACCACGGAAAAUUCUAGAAAAUGUGCCUGAAGCUACAAAAUCAAGCAGCUCUUCAUCUGGCUCAUCAUCAUCGUCUUCCGAUUCCUCAUCCUCCUGCUCCUCCUCUUCAUCCUCAUCAGAGGACGAUGACGAUGACAGCAAUGUCAAAACAGCGACCCCAAAUAUCAGAACAAGAGACCUUCACCCUGUUCCUCAGAAGAAGGCUCAGAUCGUCGUCGCAAAACAGGAGCCCCCAAAGAAACGAAGUAGGAAACCUCCGUCCCCUGAAGUGAAGGAAUUUCAGCAGAACAAGGGCCCUCACAAGGCCCUGAAGGCGUCCAAAGAUGCAGAUCUACCAGGAGCAAUCAAGAAGCCUGUUCACCCAGCCAGCUUCACCUUCAUGGGUUUUCAUCGGGGCUCGCCAAGGGACACAGUGGGCAGUCAGAACAAGAGCUCUGUGACUCAGGGAGGGGCUGUUAAAAGCUCUGCAGGAUCAGGGAGGUCAGUCCAACCCGCCUCCCUCUCCCUGAAUAAAUCCAGCCAGAGCAGGAAUGUCACUGAGGGUAAACUGUCCAUCUCCAGCGGGACAAGUCUGGAUUUGAAAGCAGCUGCUAGUAAAUCAAAAGGGGUGGCAGCAUUGAAUUUGAAUACAUCCAAACACCUCAUUCAAGGAACCACUCAGCAUACACUAAGCUCCCCCAAAGGACAAAAGAAAGCCCAGGCCCCUGUGUCAACACUGCAGCGGAUACCCAAUUGCAAAGCGGUGGCUGCUUUGCCUUCUAAAAGUGCCUUGUCCAAUCAUAGUUCUGGUCCUCAGCCACUCAAUCUUCAGAACAAACUGGUGAAAAGCAAUGAUGCUCCUGGAAAUGUUACAGCUCCAGUAUCAGGCCUGAGAAAUGCAACACAUCCAGCACGGAAAACUACUGUCUUGCAGGAUUAUAAUCCUCCAAAGAGUCCUGCGACCCCUGGAAGACUUCAGGCCAGGAAGAGCCAGCCUGGGGUAGACAAGGUCAAGGAGGCGACUGAGAUCCAGACACCCAGAGUCCAAGGCAGGUUGGCGAAGGGCAGUGUGCAGAAAUCCUCCACAGAGGUCCAGAUCCAGCAAGAACGAUUGGCCUCCAAAGACGGCAAGAAGGCCAAAAUUAAUGAGAUGAGCACGGGUGAAGAGGAAAGUGGCUCCGACACGGACCACGAUUCUUCUUACGUUGGACAGGACAGCUCGGUAACGAUCCAGAACCAGGACUGGAAGCCCACCCGCAGCUUGAUAGAACAUGUGUUUGUAACAGAUGUCACUGCUAAUCUAGUUACUGUCACAGUCAAGGAGUCGCCAACCAGUGUGGGCUUCUUCAGCAACUACUGACAGGAUUCCAGACACUGUGAACCAGAUGGGCUUUGAAAGCAAACGGGGGUUUGGGGGGUUCUGGAGGAAUUUAGAUAAACCGUUGCCGAAUUCCUGAAGAAUGCAUCAGGGACCAGGGGUUAAUUUGCGCUUCAUCUUCUUUUAGUUAAAGACCAGUUUUUUAGGUUUAGAAAAAAAGAGAGAUCCGAAUGUGAGUUAACUGUUGUUAUUAUUUAUUUGUCUACAAAUUGUUCAAGAAAAAGAUGGUGGGGACAGGAAGAUGUCCAAAGAGGUUGCAAACGGCGACAUUUUGGUCUCGCUUGACAAUAUCAAAGACGCUUUUUUGUUUCAUUCAGUCCAAAAUUGGGUUCUGGAUUAAAAUAAUGUUGAUCUUUUAAGUGUCAAGAUGGAACUCCAAUACUCGGUGUAGGUUUCUGAAUCUAUGUCUCUAUGUCCAAAUGAAGAAUUAAGGAAAGCAUAUCCUCUUUGAUGGUUAGCACACAUUUUUUUCAUAAUGUGUCAGUGGUGUUAACCCAUAUAAAUCAGUAGUUAUUGUAAAACCUGUUUUGAAUUCUUAGUAUAGUUUAUUUUUAUAACAUUUCAUAAGUUAGCUACCUCUUUAUUUUGACGUUUUGCUGCAUAUGUAUACGUUUCUCGUGGGAUAGGAAGACCUUCCCCUGCAGGGUAUGCCAUCAUCGUGUCCACCUAAUUGUUUUAUAUAGUUAAAAUCGGUCGGACACUUCUGUAUUAAACUUGGGUUACUAGCAGCAACCAACGGCUUUAUUUCUGUGUAGGGAAACUCCCAUCAGAACAGCCUCUGAGCUACACAUGGUGUCAAACUAUUAUUGCCUCAAAAAGAAGUUUCAUUCCUCAGUGCUGCCAGUUUAUCAGCCCAGUUUUACAAAUGAGCUGAAGCAACUGGGGAGUAAGAUACAGUAUCUGUGUCUCUCCCCCCCCCAGUGUCUCAGAUAAGACAGUGAGGUUUGCUCUUCUGUCUCCACAUCAGUACUGUCCUCCAUUCACCGGCAACUCUAAUCUUCUCAGACUUGUAAUGAAUAUGGACACAGCCCAGAGAAUGAGUGCUUGUGUUGACAUGGCAGGCUGAUCAUGGACAGUACACCUGACAAUGCCUUUCCCCUCACUCCGUCAGGGCUUCCCAUGAGCCUUUGAGGGCGCUGAAGGCUUCGAAUACCACUGUGGGAAAUGAGGGGUGUGGACAGUAAACCGCUCAGCUUUGUUUGUCGCUAACCACAAAACACCAGGUGUCAUAGUGUGUGAUGCGGCUGCUGUUUUGAAAUUGUCGAUGACUGGAACACAACAUUUGGUUAUUUUUCUUUUUCCUCGCAGCUGCAGACGUGUCGUUUCACCCGCCUGCAUGGGCUCAGGAGCUGCAGGCCCGGCCCUCCAAGAAAAAAAAAAAGAAAAAAAAGAUCUCUAUCUGAUGUAACGGAAAAGAAACCACAACAAUGUGCGCUACUUUCUGCUCCCCAGAGAGGAGUUCAGCAACAAAGCACUUCGACUGAACUUCUGUGUAAUCCUGCUCUGCAGACUGUGCCUUUUUUUCUCUCUCCAAGACUAAACACAAAGGCAUUACCCCAAAGAUAGCUAGAAUUUCAGGUCGUUCAAUAAAAGGAGUACCCGUAGAGAAUAGAGAGCGGACUGUUUUUCAUGUCUGUAUAGUUUUGAAACAAAAGAAAAAGGAAGAUUUAUCAAAAAUAUAUAGAACAGACACAUUUGAUGCCUUAUUGAAACGUGAAGAUAUAAAGUAGAUUCUAUUCAGGACCAGUUGAAAACAAAAAAACUUAAAUUCCUCCAUUAUAUAUUUCUUUCAAAGUCAACGAUUUCAUGAGGCAGUAGGUUAACUUCAGUUAUUUAUUACUUCCAGGUAAUAGGCUAUGGGGUAAUGCACGGUGUUUAUAUGAAAAUGUUUUUCUUAAAUAAUGAAAAAGAACAAAUUCUGCAUAACUGUUUCCAGUUGUGGUCUUUUUUAUGUUAUGUUUACUUUAGAUCUACUAACCAUCUCAAAGGAAUGUUGUUCUCCUUACAAACUAUUUAUUUCAAAUCAAGAGCCUUUCAGGGUAGGACGGUGUCAUCAAUCUUUGUAUUGUGCCACUUGUCAAAUUGACUAAUAAAAUGGUUCAACCUUA